AUGACCUCUGUCGCCUCCAAACCGCAGGGCCGUCGACAAGCCGGACUAGCUCGACGGACCAUCGGAGUCGGGCUGCUCCUGGUCGUGGUGGUGCUGUGGACAGCCUCAAAUUUCCUCGGAAGUACCAUCUUCGCCGACAACACCUACGCCAAGCCCUUCUUCGUGACCUAUUUCAAUACCUCGAUUUUUAUCCUCCCGCUUUUUACCAUCCUCGGCCGUCGCAUCUGGAGCCUUUGGCGCGCCGACAAACUCUCCCAGAUCACCUCGUUUCGCAGUUUCCUGCGACACCUCGACUCGCAUGAUUCCUGCGCCGAGGAGCACCAGCAUAUGCUGCCCCGUGAAAGCUUUGAUGAGGCCCGUGGCGGCGUCGAUCCAUCAGCCAAACUGGGUUUGCGGGCGACGGCCAAGUUGAGCUUCGAAUUUUGUCUACUUUGGUUUAUUGCGAAUUACUUUGCCAUGGCGUGUCUCCAGUUCACCACGGUAGGAAGCACAACCAUCUUAACCUCGACCAGCGGCGUUUGGACCCUGAUUUUCGGCGCCAUGCUUGGCGUCGAGAAAUUCACUCCCCGAAAACUGCUUGGCGUAGUCGCCUCCCUCGUGGGAAUCUUUCUAAUCUCGCGCAUGGAUAUCUCCGAGCCCGACCCAGCCACCGCCCCGGGUGCGGACGGUCACAAGGGCUCAUUUCCUCACAAGACGCCUGCGGAGAUCGCCCUGGGCGACGCCAUGGCGGCAUUUAGCUCUAUCAUGUACGGCGUCUACACGAUUGUGAUGAAGAAACAAGUCGGCGACGAGUCCCGCGUCAACAUGCAGUUGUUCUUUGGGCUCGUCGGGUUCUUUAAUCUUGUGCUCCUGUGGCCUGGGUUUGUGGUGUUGCAUUUCACGGGGGUAGAGCCGUUCGCGCUGCCGAGCACAACUCGGGUGUGGACGAUUAUUUUAGUCAACGCCCUCUCAUCAUUCCUCUCCGACAUCGCCUGGGCCUACGCCAUGCUCCUCACCACACCACUGGUCGUGACAAUCGGGCUCAGUUUGACUAUUCCGCUGUCCCUCGUCGGCCAAAUCUUCCUACAAGGGCAAUAUGCUUCCGCUCUGUACUGGGUCGGCGCUGCCAUUGUCUUCUUGUCGUUCCUGAUCGUCAAUCACGAAAGCAAGUCUACAGACACCAAUGCUACUCCCUCACCUGGAGUGGGCCGAUCCUCGGACGAGUAUGAAAGAGUCCCUCACGAGGAAAUAGGGUAG